UAGAAUACUGUCGUACAGCUAUUUAACCAUGAGUUAUAAAUAGCUGUGUUUAGCGUAAUAAACCCCUUAACUCUUUUAUCCUUCCGCUACAAAUUCAUGAAUAUUCACCAAAACCCCACAGAAAAUUUCUAUUCAAUCCCUUUUCUUCGAUUCUAUGCUCAAAAGAUGCAACGAAAAUCACCAACAAAAAGUGGGGAAAGGAAGAGGAAAACUAUAAAAGGGAAGGAACUACAGUUGUUUGGAGAUUUCUGGUGGUCUGGUUCCAUCUGUUACAUCCGCCAGCGAUGCCAGUCCCAAGAAUUUUAAUAUUUCUCUGCUAAUGUGAGAAUUCCAUAGUUAUAACAGAAAAUGGCUAGUCUGAUGGGUGACAAAACUGUCCCGCGGAAAGGGGAUGAUGCUUUUGGUAUAGUUUGUGGUGAUUUGGGUAUGGGAGAAGGUCUAAAACCAGGAGGUCUUUUGCAGUUGAACUCUGAAUUAGGGCAGUCUGAACAAAAAGAAAAUAAUUCUCCAUCAUCAGAACCAGAAAGACUAUUUUAUUAUGACAGUUCUAAUGUUCCCACAGAUAAUAUUUCUUGUAAUGAUUUAUGUGAGUGUGAUAAUGAAUCUGAAUGUACGAAUGUACCGAAUGGCAAUUCCCAUAAUUGUACUGGUUGCAGUUUUUGCCACACUCACAGAAGCAGUUUGAAAAAAAUAAGAAUUAAAUCUAAUGAUGAUUAUCAGCUGUGUGGGCAGUCAGACGAAGAUUGUGAUAUUGAUGGUGAAGACUUUCCAAGUUAUGCAAAUGUUCCCCUGGGAACAUCUUUAAGACAGCAGAAAAAACUCUAUGAGAAAAAUCUUGGAACAAUUUUACGAAAUCAUAGCCAACCACCCAUUGUGGUAAAUAAUGAUAAAAUAAAGCCCAACAGUCCAGGAGGCAAAAAUAAAACUUCUGAAAGGAGUAGAAGGUUAUCAAGUUUUGAAAUAGAGAAAAAACUGGUGGAUGCUGUUACGGAAGUUGAAGAGUUGAAGAUAGAAAUUGAAACAUGUCGUAGAAGAUUAGAUGCUAAAUAUAGAGCCAUAGCUAUACUUAAAAAACAGGCAGAAGAAGCGAGGUCAGAAGUUAUAGACCAUGAAAAAAUGACGAAAGAUUACACCAAUAUUCUUGCUAUGUUUGAGGGACUCAAGGUGGUGGGGGAUGCAAUCGAGGUGGAGGAAUCAAAGGAGAUAACUACAUCAGAUAAGACAAGUGCAUCAUCUGGUGCCCUGCUCAGUUUUGCUGAUAUAGAUGAUGAUUAUUGCAGAGUUUGUCAAGAAAAUGCAGUUUUGAUGUCAACUUUAGAAGCCAGAUCAGAAGAAUUAAGAAGAACAAAUGCCCACAAAAUGGCCUUGUCAAGAGAAAGGGAUGAAUUAUUGGCUUUGAUGGAUGUGAAAGAGAAAUUGAAAUAUGAAAAGACUAAAAGUCAAUCAUCAGAAGAUGAAUAUGGGACAUUUUCUUCAGCAGAGCUUGCAGUAUUAGGAGCAUGUCGGUGCAGAGGAACUAAUCCUGAACCAUGUGGUUGUGCUCAUGCUGCAGCAAGUUUAAGAAGAGACAUUAUUAAACUAAAAGAAGAGAUUGAUCUUCAAAAACAGAGAACAGAAGAAACAUAUCUAACAGUUGAUGCUUAUCGUAAAGCAUUUGAAGAACAGAUACAUCGAAAUAAAGUUUUAAGCUUAAAACUUGCCGAGCUUUCUGUGCCUUCCGUGUCCAAAUCAGUUAAAGCUAAGGCAGCCAUUAAAUGGUUAAUAAGUGUACUUAAUGAUGAUGAUAUUGACAGUAGUUCAUCAAAUAACCAAAUUCUUUUACCUGAAUCAAGAUCAAGAAUGUAUGCUGAAGAACUCCAAUCACUUAAUAAUAAUACAGUUACAUGUAUGCCACCACAAGAACUGGUUAACUUACUUACGGAAAUGAUACAUGAGAAGAAUGAAGCUUUAGCUCAUCAGAAAUUAGCAGCCCAAAUAUUGGCCAAUAAAAACCAACAGUUAGAAGAACAGUUGGCAAAAAUUAAGGAAGAUGAUGUAUUUAAGUGUACAUAGUGUCUGAUUGUGUACCAAAAAAAGCAACCAUGAAAUGCAUAAUCCAACAGCCAGGAGGCUUAUUAAGUUAAAGUGCCAAUUUCUUAAAACAGAUUGUAACUUGAAGGGUCAUAAUGCCGAAACUCAGUUAUAAUGGGUUAUCCUCAUUUAUAGACAUGACAAUGACAUUAUGGAUAUCAUCACAACACAGUAUUUUUCAGUUAAUGGGUCGGACCGUAAACAGGUUCAGAUAACCUAGCAUAAUUUGAGGCACCUUUUCCUAAAACCACAUUUUUCUCAGAUAAAUUUUAAAAUUUAUCUGAAAUUUAAUACAACCAGAUUAAAUUGAAAGAAAGAAGGAAACAGAUUUUAAUUGAUACAUUGUCAUCCCCACUGUAUAUCUGUCAUCAGCCCUGUAUAUCCAUCUGUCGUCCAAAACUUGUUGUGGACACUCUUGUAUCCAAAAUUUACAAUCUGAUUGACUUGAAAUUUAUACUCAUUGUUCAUGUUUAUGAGACUAUUUCCGAUAAUUAAUAUUAGAGUCAAUUGCCCUUGAUCACUUUGUAAAAUUUGUGGAUGCUCUUGUAAAAAAGAGCACCCAAGAUUACACUCUUAAAAGUUAUUGUUAUCAUCCUAUUGACUUGAAAUUUAUGUAUAGAUUUAUAUCCAUGGGACGAUGAAGCCUAUUAUUUCCAAUAAUUACUGUCCGUGUUAGGACCCUUGCUCAAUUCAAAAUGUUUUGAGGAUUAUCAUUUGGUGAAUUCAGUAUUUAUGUUCGUGAGGCAAAAAUGCCUAAAUUACCAGAACAUGUUUGAUGUUAUGAAGACUAGCAAAUUUUAAAUAUUUCAAAUAAUUACUUCAAGGUCUGUUGCUCUUGAUCAAAUUGUGGUGUUUUGUGAAUGUUCGUAUUUCAUACAAAAGAAUGAAAAUAGUAAUGUGGGCGUAUGUUUUGUUGUCGGACCUAUCUUUGUUUAAUUUAUAGGAAAACUUUGUAUGCGCAAAGAUAACAUUUAUUGUCUAUAUCUGUAAAAAGUUUAUUUUGAAACAAAACAUUGAUGACCAAACAACAAUCUCUACUUUUAAGAAUUAUCUUGAAUAGCCUUGAUGGGUUUUUUUUUAAGUGCAAGAUAAGAUAAAACCAGACCAAAGUCUUUGUUUCUUGACUGGCUACACAACAGCCUCUUGGUGGUUUGUUCUCUAUAUGAUUGGCAAUAUAUUUGUUGUCUUCCACUGUUACUUCAAUAAAAAUAUUUAAAAGCUGAA